GUUAAAGCAGCCUUGGUGGUCGCUGGAAAGGCGCACGGCCUGCAGGGUUAUCGCGGCUCAGGAGGUGCCUGGCAAGGGCUUGCUUGUCGUGAGGCGGGAGUGGGCGAGGGUGCUGGCUUUGAAGUUUCAUCUUCCUUGUCAAGAUCUGGAAGUGCAGCUCAGGAUGUUUGUGCCCACAAAUCAGUAGUAGGAUGAAAAGAUGCUUUUGACAGGAGGGUUGAAUUCUCUCCUUCCCCAUGUGCUAAGAAGAAUAAUUCGAUGCAAUAGACUCAGUAUUAGUAAUAUUUCUGGAAUGGCAGAAGGUUAUAAACAGGCCAGUGUUGUGAUUUUGCACAAGUCCCUGGCUGAUGACUUUGAGAAGUUCUGCCAUGCAAACAAUGGACCCCUGCCACUGCUGUACAGAAGUCAACCAGGUGACUGGAAAUGUCCUUCCCUGAGUAGUGAUUCUGAUAUCAGAACUGACUGCCUACAGUACAGAAAAUAUGAGCAUGGAGCUUGUACUGGAUCACUGAAAAGCCUUAAGGAGUAUUCUGAACAACUCAAGGACAUGGUGACUUUUUAUUUAGGCUGCAGCUUCUCUUUUGAAAAAGCAGUCCAAAACGCUGGCAUUCCUAUCAGAAACGUCGAGCAAAAAUGUAAUGUAAGCAUGUACAAAACAUCUGUGCCUUGCUACAGCGUUUCUAUGUUUCACUGCAACUUAGUAGUCACAAUGAGACCUAUUCCUGAAAGCAAGCUGGGAGCAGCUGUGGUAGCAACGUCUGAAUUAAAAGAAGCCCAUGGAGCACCAGUUCACAUCGGUGACCCUGGUCUGCUGGGAAUACAAGAUCUUUCUAAACCAGACUAUGGAGAUCCAGUUCACUUUCACCCUGGUGACAUUCCAGUGUUUUGGGCCUCAGGAGUGACAGGAGUAGAAGCAAUUAUCAACAGCCGAGCUCCGUUAGCUUUUACUCAUUCUCCUGACUGCACGUUCAUUACCGACCUAGAGAAAGGUAAUGUCAGAGCCUCGGGAGGAGUCCCACAGGUCCACCGCAUCUCUCAAGAUCCUCUGCAUUUCAGCAUUGUGUCAGCAGAAGCAGCCCAAAAGAUAAAGACUCUAGAGACCCUCAUUGGAAUAGAUCCAGGAGAGCGGGGUAUAAGGCACCUGCAGCGCCAGGGUGAGCUGCUGGGGGCCUGCCUGGCCCUGUCCCACGCGGGCUCCGUGCUCAUCACCACGGGAUUUCCCACCCACUGGAGCCACCAGCCGCCCGAGGAGAACGACGGCCCCCCGGGAGCCCUCGCCAUCGCAGCCAUGCUGCAGGCCUUGGGGAAACGGGUUGCCAUGGUUACAGACCAGCGAGCCAUGGAUCUGAAUAAAAAGAUUAUUGAAGAAGCUGUUCAACUGGGAAUCCUGAAGGAGCCCAUCCCUCUAUUGAGUUAUCAAAGGGAAAGUGCCAAUUCAGCUUUAAUGUUUUUGUGUGAGAAUGGGAAUCCUGGAAGACCUAGAUUUGAUCACCUGGUAGCAAUAGAGCGUGCUGGGAUGGCUGCUGAUGGCAAUUACUACAAUGCCAGGAAAGUGAACAUUAAACAUCUCGUGGAUCCCAUAGAUGAACUAUUUUUAGCUGCACAAACCAUUCCAGGAAUCACAACAACAGGUGUUGGAGAUGGAGGAAAUGAACUAGGAAUGGGCAAAGUAAAAGAUGCUGUAAAGAAGCACAUAAAAAAUGGAGAUGUUAUAGCUUGUGAUGUUGAAGCUGAUUUUACUAUUGUAGCUGGGGUCUCCAACUGGGGCGGCUACGCCGCGGCCUGCGCGCUGCACGUGCUGCGCCGCUGCCACAGCCACGGGCGCUACCUGCGCAGGGCGCUCGGCGUGCCGCGCUCGCCGUGCCGCCGCGCCGGGCUGCCCUCCGUGCGCAAGGAAGAAAAGCUUCUGAAAACACUUGUGCAGCUCGGGGUCCGCAGUGGCAAAACUGCCAGUCUGGAGAUGGAAGUGGAUGGGCUGCCCUUCUACAGCACCCAUUCACUUAUGAUCGAACAGCUGCUGCAGGAAGCACAGCAGUGACUGCUCCUAAUGACUUCUGCAGGAAGGGUUGCUCCCAUAUCAUUCCCUUAUUUUUGAGGCUCUCUCAAGGCGUAAAAAAUCAGGAAAAGAUGACUUUUCAUCUCUGGUGUCUUGACCACACACAGCCUUUCAUUGUUUUCAGUACAACAUCUCUGUGAAACAAGAAGAGGAUAUGAUCCACUUGAUUUACCUUUUUUUUCUGUAAUUUUAAUGGAAAAUUGAAUUUUGUAAUUUUAUAAUUUUAUAAUGGAAAAUGAAUAUUAAAUGAUAUUAUAUAAUAAGAGGUGAUCUGGCUUUUACAAAAAAAAGCAUGAAAUUACAAUGAGAUAUGACUGCACUGCUGUUCUUGUUUUACUAACCUCAUAACUGCAACAGGAAGUAACUCUCAUAGCAACUUAGAUUUAAAAAUACUUGUGGUGAGGAAAACAGCUACAGUAGAGAGGAAGAUUCAAAACAAAACCUUCCUGUAGCCUCCCUCUAACACUGUGUUCUUAUGGAUAGUUUGUGGAAGUGUGAGGAGAGAAGGAGAAAAUUUUAACUGAGCUAAUGAAAAUAAGGGCAGCAUUCCACAUCUUCUGUGUAAAGGGUUGGCUGUGCCAUUACCCCCUGUCAUAUUAGUAAUUUGCCACUUACGUAUUUUGCCACUUUAUGGAUAAUAAAGUUGUAGACAUUUCAGAGUGUCCUGUUGUUACAAAGAAAUUAAUUGAAUACAAAAUAAUUAUUAAAAAUUAAUGAUUAGAAAUUAAAAUAUGAUUAGAAAAGAAUAAACAUUUGCAUUCAGUAUGAAAUAACAUUAUGUAAAUAAACCUUUACAUGAUUCCUGCUGUAGAAGUUCAGCUCCUGACAAGACCAAGUGAAGUAACAUUGAAUUUUAUCCCAUAGGAUUACUAACUCUGAAGCAGUACAUGACAAAUGGUUGUGAACUGUGCCCAGCUGUUGUCAUUUAAAGCUGUAAUUUUACCUUAACUGCAGGUGAGUGGCAGCACCACAGUGCUGCUGGCUGUCAGCCCUCCCAGCAGAGAGAGGAGGGUACAUUUGAACCCCUGGAACACUGGUGCUUUACCUGUCAUAAAAUGGAAGUUGCUUUAGUUGGACUCCAGCAGCGAGCAACACUUUAUAUCUCUUUUCCUUCCUGGCAGGACUCUUGUGGACAACUCGUAAAAUCCCACAGUAGGAGAAGACCAGCAGAAAGAAGGGGAAAAGGAAGCCAGCAGAGAAGCGAUAGUAAUUGACGUUGUGCUCCCAUUUCUUGAUGGGAUGAUGAUGCUCACAAUGGCAGCAGCCUUCAUGGUCCGAAAGCGCUGGAACCGAAAGGGGUGCACCACGGCCAGGUAGCGGUCGAUGGAGAUGCAGCACAGGAAGCCCA